AUGGUCAUAAAACAAAUUCUAUUAAUUUUUAAUUGUUUUAUUUUUUUUAUUUUGAAUUUCAAAAAUUAUAGUAAUAAUUCUUUUAGUGAUUUAAGUAGGGGUAGUAAUGAUUUUAUUUGGAAAAGAUUUUUGAAUGACACAUUUAUUGAUGUAAGUGGAAACGACGGUAUUAGUCAAAACACUAACACUGGUGAAGCUAGUGUUCAAAAUAAUUCGGAUGCUAGUCAUAGUGACAGUACUCAAUCUAGUCAAAGUGCAACUCCCGCAACUGGAAAAGGAGAUGGUGCAACUAAUCAAACUCAAUCUGGAGGAACUGCAGCUCCAGAAACUGCAACUACAGUAACAACUCCCCAACCUGAGCAGCCUCAAGUUCAAUCUACUAGUGUGCCCGCAGAUCCCCAAACAACUGGUGUAGAAUCAACUAGUAUUUCCGGUCAAACUCAUACUCAAAGUACUGAUUCUGGAUCUAAUGGUGACCAACAGAGUCAAGUACAGGAGGCUCAAAGUACUGUUGCAUCUAGCGCAUCACCUGAUGGUACUUCUCCCGCAGAUGCAACUCAGGCAUCUACAAAAGAAACAGGAAGUGAUCAAGUUGAAGAAACAAAUACCGAUGAUUCGAAAGCUACAACUCCAAGUGAUAAAUUAGAAGCAACAACAGCUGAAGGAAGCCAACAGAAAGAGAAGGUUGAAGAUAAAAAUAUAAUCCCAGAUGGUACCAAUACACAUCAAGUUGAAAUUUCAAAGCAUGUUCAAUCAGAUGAUAAUAUCCAGGGCCAAGAAGACUCCCAAAAAGAAAGUUCACCUGAAGAAUUGCCAGAUUUAACUAGUGCACAUGAAUCAGAUCAAAUCCAUACGAUAACUGGAGAUAAUUAUGAUUCUGAAGAUUUAGAAGAAAGUGGACAUGAACAAGAACUUGAUAUUAAUAAUUUAUCUAAUAGACCAACAUACCAUCCAGAAGGAGAGUACCAUACUUUAGAUAUUUAUAAUACUCAAGGAAGAAAAUUAGGAAAAAAUAGAAAAGAUCAUCAAUCCAUAGAAGAUAUGGAUAUUCGAAUGAAACCAUGCACACAUAAUAAUGGAGGUUGUGGUUAUGAUAAAAUAUGCAUAAUGACUAGUCAUAAUGAAGUAGCAUGCAUUUGUAAGGAAGGUUAUUUAGUAGGAAAUAAAUGUGUUACAAGUUCAUCUUCCUUAAACCCCUUUUUUUCAUUAGUUAUUUUCUUUACUAUUUCAUUAAUAAUGAUGAAUUAG